AUGGCGGACGAACAAACAGCGGAAACGUUAAAAUUGCCGCCAGAAAGCUACACGGUCAGCUGGAUGUGUGCAAUACCGGGUGAAUUAAUCACAGAGCAAGAUAAUACGGGGGCCAAUGCGCUUCAAUGGGCAUCUUUUCGUGGACAUUCUGAGAUUGUACAGCGAUUGCUAGAGAACGGAGCUGAAGUCAAUGCUCAAGGUGGAGACUAUGGCAAUGCUCUCCAGGCUGCUUCUGCAGAAGGACAUGUUGAGAUCGUGCAGAUAUUGCUAGAGAAAGGAGCUGAAGUCAAUGCUCAAGGAGGACAAUUUGAGAUCGUGCAGAGAUUGCUAGAGAACGGAGCCGAAGUCAAUGCUCAAGGCAGGCUAUAUGGCAAUGCUCAAGGCAAGUUAUAUGGCAAUGCUCUCCAGGCGGCUUCUGCAGAAGGACAUGUUGAGAUCGUGCAGAGAUUGCUAGAGAACGGAGCUGAAGUCAAUGCUCAAGGCAGGAUAUAUGGCAAUGCUCUCCAGGCUGCUUCUGCAGAAGGACAUGUUGAGAUUGUGCAGAAAUUGCUAGAGAAAGGAGCUGACGUCAAUGCUCAAAGUGGAUUCUAUGGUAAUGCCCUUUACGCUGCUUCUUUGAAAGGACACAUUGAGAUUGUGCAGAGGUUGCUAGAGAAAGGAGCUGACGUCAGUGCUCAAGAUGGAUUCCAUGGAAAUGCUCUCUACGCUGCUUCUGAAGGAGGACAUGUUGACGUUGUCCAAGUACUGCAGAAGUAUGUGUGA